CUCAGCGCUCUUUUUCGGUUUUCCAAAGCCUCCCCUUUUCUCUGCUUUUAGUUUUCCUCCCACUGUUCUCUCCCUCCAAUUUUAUUUUCCCCCGCCCUUUAUUCUAAUUUUUUUUUUUCGCCAGUAAUACCUCGCCGGCGAACCUCCCUCCCCUCGCCGGAAACCUCCGUCCCUCCGGCGUACGUACCCGCCCUCCGCCCGCGGGGCCGCUCGGUUCCUCCGCCAUUGGCGGCGCCUCGGGCUCCCGGCGAAUUCCUCGGCUCUCCGUGGUGGGGGGUGGAAUGCCCCCUGGAUCUCCGCGUCCGCGACGGUGAGCUCGCGUCUGGUGGCGGUUCGCCAGAAUGUGGCGUGGCUGAGGCCGUUUGGAGGCCCGUGGUGGAUCCGUUGAGGUCGGGAUCGUGAUCUAGGGUUUGUUUGCUGCGCGUUUGGUCUCGGUUUUUGCUCGUUUGGCUGUUUGUUCGGCGAGGCUCGUGAAGGACGGAGGCCCGCAGGUACCGUCUCCGUGAUGAGAUGGUGGAAGGAAGGGUUUGUCUGUCUAGAGAAAUUUCUAAUGCUUUGGAGUUCCUGAAGCGUAAAAGGCUUCAGAGAAUGAAAACUGAAAGUGUCAUGGAGACUGAUGGUCUGGUUAAUGUAAUAAAUAGAAGUGGAGGAGAUGCAUUGAGAGCUUCAGCUUCGUGUGGUGUGAGAAUACAUGGUAAUCCUGAUUCACUUCAUCCAUCACACGGGGCUUCAACUGGGAAGGAUGUCUUCCCAAAGCGGAAGGUAGAAAAGUUCUCUAUGAAUGAUUUUCAAUGGACCAACCAAAUUCCAGAGUGUCCUGUUUACUAUCCAUCAAAGGAUGAGUUUGAGGAUCCUCUAGUUUACUUGCAAAAGAUAGCUCCAGAGGCUUCAAGAUAUGGUAUAUGCAAAAUUAUUUGUCCUUUAAAUGCUUCUGUCCCUGCUGGGGUUGUAUUGACGAGGGAGAAAGCAGCAUUCAAAUUCACGACUAGAGUACAACCUCUUCGUUUGGCUGAGUGGGAUUCUGAUGACAGGGUCACCUUUUUCAUGAGUGGAAGGAAUUAUUCUUUUCGGGAAUUUGAGAAGAUGGCAAACAAGGUUUUUUCUCGAAGAUAUCAAAGUGUUGGAUGUCUUCCAGCCACAUACAUGGAAAAGGAAUUUUGGCAAGAAAUCGCUUGUGGAAAGACGGAAACUGUUGAAUAUGCUUGUGAUGUUGAUGGUAGUGCCUUCUCAUCUUCUGACACCGAUCCACUCGGAAGUAGUAAAUGGAACUUGAAGAAUCUCUCACGCCUGCCCAAGUCUGUUUUACGUCUGCUAGAAACUGCAAUUCCGGGAGUGACUGAUCCCAUGCUUUAUAUCGGAAUGCUCUUUAGUAUGUUUGCGUGGCACGUGGAAGAUCACUACUUGUACAGUAUCAAUUAUCACCAUUGUGGAGCUUUUAAAACUUGGUAUGGAGUUCCCGGUCAUGCAGCUUUGGAUUUCGAAAACGUAGUUAGGGAGCAUGUUUAUACCACUGAUAUUCUAUCUGCCAAUGGUGAGGAUGGAGCUUUUGACUUACUUUUGGGAAAAACAACUCUAUUUCCCCCAAAUAUUUUGUUAAAACACGACGUCCCAGUCUUCAAAGCAGUUCAGAAGCCUGGGGAGUUUGUUGUAACGUUCCCACGAGCAUAUCAUGCAGGAUUUAGCCAUGGUUUCAAUUGUGGCGAGGCAGUGAACUUUGCACUUGGUGAUUGGUUUCCUCUUGGAGCCAUAGCUAGCAAGCGCUAUGCACUUCUAAACAGGGUUCCCUUGCUACCUCAUGAAGAGCUCCUCUGUAGAGAAGCAAUGCUUCUCAAUGCAAGCCCAGAACUAGACUACUCAUCUGCAGACUUGGCGUCCCACCGUAGUAUACAGAUUUCUUUUGUGAAGCUGAUGCGCUUUCAGCAUCGUGUUCGCUGGUGUCUAAUGAAAUCAAGGGCAUGCGCUGGUGUAUGCCAAGUUUCACAUGGAACGGUUGUCUGUAGUCUAUGCAAGCGCGACUGUUAUGUAGCAUAUCUCAACUGUGCCUGUCAUUCCCAACUCAUUUGCCUACGUCAUGAUAUUGAAUCACUAAAAUCUCCAUGUGGAAGCAAUUAUACACUCUUCGUGAGGGAUCACAUAUUAAAACUGGAGGCAGCAGCCAAGAAGUUUGAGCAGGACGAGCAGAUAUUGGAGGAUAUCCGUCGGGAUAAAGGCAGCGAUAAGGAAUUGUUUUCUAUUCCAAAUAUAUUCAGUGACAGUUAUGAGGAUAGAUACUUCCCUUAUUGUGGCAUUCAUCCACUUCCUCUAGACACUCAUAAUGAGUCACCAGAGUUGGACGGUAUUGAGAGAGAACCCAAACUUAUCAAUGGAAGAAGAGAUUUGGAACCCGAAAUGCAUCAACCAUACCUCUCCUCAGUUCAUCCGACUCAUUCAAAUUGUAUGCUGGCUCAAAGCUCAUUAAUUAUUGAUGAUAAUGCGGGGGAUCAUGUUUUUGAGACGCCAAUUAUUAACUCUGACAAACUUUCUGAAAAUCUGUCUCGCAAUGCAUAUGAAUCAUCCGUCUCCUCUUUGUCAUAUGAUGAUUGCACGAGUGCCCAUCAGGAUAGACUCCAUGAUUCAGCGAGGAGGUCUGGUCAAUAUAGUGAUGACUCUGAUACAGAGAUAUUCAGGGUUAAGCGACGCUCGUCUGUGAAAGUGGAGAAGAGGAGUAGGCAUGAUUCCUUGCCCUCGCAGCAUUCUGGACACCAGGGAUUGAAGCGAUUGAGAAAACAACAAUCUGAUCGUGGGCAGUUGAUGCAGUCACAUUGUCACAGGUCUGAUGGAACAAGAUAUGGCGUUGGUGCAUCUGCUCAUCAAAGGGAAACUCCAGGAACCAGUUCCAGGGACAGGUUUGCUAAAGGAUCUUCUGUAAUAUCUAUUAAGUUUAAGAAAUUGUCUAAUGAGGAAGUCCAGAACAAGGCCGAAUGCCAAGCAAAGGAUAGGUUCCAAUACGAGUUGGGAAAGGCCGUGAGGGAACCUCCCCCUUUAGAGAUUGGUCCAAAGCGCCUUAAAGUCAGAUGCCCAUCGUCGUCAGGGUCAGAGCGAAGGUUGGAUUAAAGUUUAGGUUUGGACUCAGAAAAGUUUAGGUCUUUGUAAAGCAAAGGAGAAAUUUGGUCUUGCCUUACUCUGCAGCACAUUCUAGAGCCUGAAUCCGCUAACAUUUAUUUCUCCAAUGGGGUUCUAACGACACGGAAGAAGAUUGAUUUGGGAGCAGCAAGAACACAUUAACCUCAAUUAGGAUAAAAAUUCAAAUUCUUUGUGCAAGCCUCGUAAGUGGGAGGCGAUGCACCGAAUGACGAUUCUUGGGUUUCUCGGGCCGGGGGUUGUUUUUGCUUCUUGGGCAGGGGAACCUUCCAGCAAAGCUCAAAGUUGGAUUGGCGUUUUAAUUUUUAGUUGAUGUACAUUUUGUUUCUAAUCCAGAUUUGUUUUUGGGUCGAGGGAAAUUGGCCGCGGCCACUGUUCCCUACGAUUAACAUGCUGCUGCUUCCCCCCUGGUAGGUUCUUUGAUUCUUUGUUUAACCUUUUUUAUUUUCAUGGCAAUGGGUCGUUGUAUGCUGAACUACAUGAAUAAGUAGUGAAGAAAUGUCUUCUCUUUCUCCUCAA